UGUGAAUCAUUCGUUUUUUCCAAUAAUACCCUCCACCAAUGGCAGCCUCAUUAUAUAAAUUGGAGGUGUUCUUCCCGUUUUACCCUUUCCUUUUCAGCUCGGAAACAAAGAGAGCUUCCUCACUCUCAUCCUUCCCUCCAAACAGAUAAUUAAUCAAUCUCGAAGAUCGUAAUAUUCGGGGUUUUGGAGUUCGAUUAAGCUUGGAGAAUAUUGUGUCCUUAUCAACUGUUUCAAGUUAUGAAUACUAGAAGGGACAUUCGUGGUAACAGAGCUGCUCUUUUUGAUGGCAUGGAGGAGGGUGGAAUCAGAGCUUCAUCAUCAUACUCCUCCCACGAAAUCGAUGAACAUGAUAACGAAAGGGCCAUGGAAGGAUUGCAAGACAGAGUUAUUCUGCUGAAGAGAUUGUCAGGUGAUAUCAACGAGGAAGUGGAUAAUCAUAACCGCAUGCUUGACCGGAUGGGCAAUGAUAUGGAUUCGUCUAGGGGAGUGCUAUCAGGAACCAUGGAUCGAUUUAAGACGGUACUUAUAGACUUAUCAUUAAUCGAAUUUUCAUCAAAGUACUCUAUUAUGCUGUAUCAUUUAUUUUUAUUUUCCUGGGUGUUGUUUUCUCCUCAAGGUUUUCGAGACCAAAUCAAGCCGGAGAAUGUUUACGCUAGUGGCAUCAUUCGUGGUUGUUUUUCUAGUCAUUUACUAUCUCACCAGGUAAAAUCCAUAUGAUGAAUUUGAUGCACAACACAACUACUAGAUUCAUAUUGAAGCUAAGUUGGAGAAGAAAAACCUUACCUCUUUUCUGUUUGCAAAAAUCAAUCUUUACCAUCCUUGCUUGUAAGAUAAAUCAUUCUGGCUUGGCAUAUGUAAAAAGGAUAUUUCACAAUGUAAUGAAUGGAUUUGAAUGAAUGCAUAAAAAAAAAAUUGGUAUUGAGUUUUU